AGUUGGGAACGAUGACAGCUUAAUACACACUUGGAAAUUCCUAUCGCAGUCAACAGACUCCUUACAUAAAAUCAGCCGGGUGAAUGAAUCCACGGAGUCACUGGUUGACGAAGGUGCGGACAUGAACGAAGGACAGCUGAUGGGAGACCUGGAAUUAGAUUCCAAGCAGCUGGAGGCAGAGUCCUGGAGCCAAGUAGUGGACAGCAAGUUCCUACAGCAGCAAAACAAAGAUGUUGUCAAACGGCAAGAUGUCAUUUACGAGUUAAUGCAAACAGAAAUGCAUCAUGUCCGCACCCUGAAGAUCAUGAAUGAUGUAUACAGCGCAGGGAUGCUAAAGGAACUACAGUAUGAUCAACAAGUUGUAGACAAGAUCUUUCCCUGCCUGGAAAACUUGCUGCACAUCCACAGUCACUUCUUCCAGCGGAUUCUGGAAAGGAAAAAGGAGUCAUUGGCAGACAAAAGUGAAAAGAACUUUGUUAUCAAGAGGAUAGGUGACAUCCUAGUGAAUCAAUUCUCCGGUGAGAGUGCCGAGCGAAUGAAGAAAACAUAUGGCAAAUUCUGCGGGCAUCACUGUGAGGCAGUAAAUAACUUCAAAGAUUUGUACUCAAAGGACAAGCGGUUUCAGGCAUUUGUCAAGAAAAAAAUGAGCAGCUCCCUAGUGAGGCGUCUUGGGAUUUCUGAAUGUAUCCUGUUGGUAACACAGAGAAUCACAAAGUACCCAGUCCUUUUACAAAGGAUACUGCAGUACACCAAAGAAAAUGAAGUGGAACAUGAAGACUUGACUCAGUCAUUAAACCUCGUUAAAGAUUUGAUUGCUGCAGUCAAUAGCAAAGUCAGCAAUUACGAAAAGAAAAUGCGUCUUAAUGAGAUUUACAACCGGACGGAUAGCAAGUCCAUCAUGAGGAUGAAGAGUGGUCAGAUGUUUGCAAGAGAGGACUUGAGGCAUCGAAAGCUCAUCCGAGAUGGGCCUGUUUCACUGAAAAAUGCAGCUGGCCGGUUAAAAGAAGUCCAGGCUGUUCUCCUCUCUGACAUGCUCGUAUUCCUUCAGGAGAAGGACCAGAAGUAUGUCUUUGCCUCACUGGACCAGAAGUCCACUGUGAUCUCUCUGAAGAAGUUGAUCGUACGAGAAGUGGCUCAUGAAGAGAAGGGUUUGUUCCUGAUCAGUAUGGGUGUAAAAGAUCCCGAAAUGGUGGAAGUCCACGCCAGCUCCAAAGAAGAGCGUAACGGCUGGAUACAGAUCAUUCAAGACACAAUGAACACCAUGGUUAAAGAUGAAGACGAAGGAGUCCCUUGUGAGUCUGAGUUUGAAAAGAAAGUGUCGGAUGCGAAAGUGAGAGCACUGAAAGAACAACUUCAUCAGAAGGAUAAGCAGAUCCUCCUCUUGCUGGAGGAGAAAACUAAGAUCUUCCGCGACAUGGCAGACAGCUCUGUGCAGGAGGACAUGCCAGGCUCCAGGUUGCUCUUCAGAGCCAACACAGAAGAGGCACCAAAAGGAGAGGCCAUUAUGAAAACUGCAAUAAAUGAAGUUGAACUGCUGCAAGACCUGGUGAACAGGAGCCUGGGCACUGCCCUUGGGCAGCAGGUCAGCAGCACUGCCAUGGAACAAGAAGGAGGAGUUGGCCCCAUCUCUCUCCCUAGAAGAGCAGAAACUUUUGGAGGAUUUGACAGUCAUCAGAUGAAUGCCUCCAAGUGUGGAGCGAAAGAUGAAGGUGACGAUGCUCAGGACCUUCGGAGAACAGAGUCGGACAGCAUUUUAAAGAAGGGUGGAAAUGCUAAUCUGAUGUUCAUGUUGAAAAGGAAUAACGAGCAGGUCCUCCAAACCAUUACCAGCCUCCAUAAGCUGCUCAGUGCUUUGCAGGGCGUCGUGCUGCAACAGGACACCUACAUCGAGGACCAAAAGCUAGCUCUGAGUGAGAGGGCUCUGUCCCGAAGCUUCUUCCGGCCAACAUCGCUGCUGGAGCAGGAGAAGCAGCGCAACCUGGAGAAGCAGCGCCAGGAGUUGGCCAACCUGAAGAAGCAGCAGACACAGCACCAGGAGGAGAGGAGGAAGAGAGAGAAGGAGUGGGAAGUCCGGGAGAAGGAGUUGGCAGAGCAGGAGGCCCAGCUGGCCCAGCGAGAGGAGCAGGUCCAGAAAGGGUGGCAGGACCUCGAGAGGGAGCGAGAGGAGCUGCAGGUGAAGAAGGCCUCCUACCAGCUCGACCUGGAGAGGCUUCGCACGGCACAGAAGCAGCUGGAGAGGGAGAAGGCACAGUUCAAGCAAGAUGUGGAGCGAUUGGCUCAAAUGCGGCAGGAGGCUGAGCACAACCAGGUUUCAAAUCUACAUGAGAAACUUGCAAGAGUCUCUUCGCAAUCCAGCAUCGACGACUCCUCCAAGCAGAAGAGCCCUUCCCUUCCUAAACAAGGGCACUUUGAUGCAGAACUGUCUGUCUCCCCAAAAAGGAACAGUCUUUCAAGGACACACAAAGAGAAAAGCACUUUCCAUUUGCUUAGCACAACAAACCAGACUAACAAGGUGGCUGAGGAACAGCCCCAGAUGCCUACCCGCCUCUUCAGUUUAGCCAAACCAAAGGAAAAGAAGGAAAAGAAGAAAAAGGGCAGGGGACAUCGCUCCCAACAGUCUGAUUCUCACUCGUCAGAAGCACCUCCAGAGGGUGAGGAGAUCUUCUGCUGAGCACGGAUGAUUCCAUCGGUCACUCUCGGCAUUGGUACAGUGGACAUCUGCCUGCCCGCUCCGCAGCACGCUGCUGGUGCCUGCGUCUGACAAGCAUCUGGAGGUUUUAAAUAAAACGUGUUAUGAAGUCUGUUAAGUGAUGGGAAAGGGCCUCUCUCCUGUGGUUUUGCAUGAGUUCUCACCGCAGAGGCUGACUGCACGGCAAAUAGUACUGUGUCUCUGCGCAAACCUGGCGUUAAAUGGACUGAGAUUGAUGUUUUCUGUCUCUUCUUACUGCUAAAGGAUGAGAGAACAUAGCCUUAAGGGGUCUGUGCCUUCAAAUUCCCCUUUUUGGGGAACAUAACCAAAACCAAGCAUUUAGCAAAAGAUUAGGACUCUACAAAUGGUGCGUGCACUCUGGCAUAUAUAGAUACAUUGUAUAUAUACAUAUAUGUAUCUGUGUAUCCACUGGGAUAUGCUUACAGUCUGUACAGCCAAGCUUAGCUCGGCCUGUGGGGAUAGAUGAUACCUGAUGACUUUCAGGGAGCAUGUAGAUAUUAAAUAUCUUGCCCUUACUGCUCCAAUGGUAACACUGUUGACUUGCACACCCCUUUUGUGCUCAUG